AUGAUACGUGUUUGCGAUGAUGGAGAGUGUUUGGCACGUGCUGGAAGCCAAACCUUCCGUUGGAAACAAACCGGUCUCCUCCAAUACACAGGCACUCUCGGUCCCCACUUAAUCUCCCUCAAACACCAUCAGAACGGCGACGUUUAUUACCAAAUCCACCAUUCUCCCUCCCAAUCAGCUGCCCAAUCAGCUCUCCUCGAUUUCCUCAACGUCAAUAUCUCACUAACCGAAAUGUGCCACGAAUUCUCCGCCGCCGAUUCGCGGUUCGCCGAAUUGGCACAGCAUUUGAAAGGAGCUAGGGUCUUGCGGCAGGAUCCGCUUGAGUGCUUGAUUCAAUUUUUAUGCUCUUCGAAUAAUAAUAUUGCGAGGAUCACUAAAAUGGUCGAUUUCGUGUCGUCAUUAGGUGAUUAUUUGGGGAAUGUUGAAGGUUUUGAGUUCCACGCAUUUCCUUCGUUGGAGAAACUGGCUUUGGUCACGGAGCAGCAGCUGAGAGAGGCUGGUUUUGGUUACAGAGCUAAAUAUGUUACUGGAACGGUGGAUGCUUUGCAAUUGAAACCGGAAGGAGGUGUGAAAUGGCUCGAGUCUCUUCGAAAAUUAGAACUCCAAAUGGUGAUUGAUUCUCUUUGUACAUUACCUGGAGUUGGUUUAAAGGUGGCGUCGUGUAUUGCGCUGUUUUCUCUGGAUCAACAUCAUGCCAUUCCUGUUGAUACGCACGUGUGGCGGAUUGCUACGACAUACCUUGUACCUGAGCUUGCGGGAGCUAGCCUGACACCUAAGCUCUGUGGCCGUGUGGCAGAUGCGUUUGUGAGCAAGUAUGGGAAAUAUGCUGGAUGGGCUCAGACAUUACUUUUCAUUGCUGAAUUGCCUUCACAAAAGGCCCUUCUACCAUCACCGACUGUCAAAGAAAAGAAAUCCUCUAAGAAAAGAGGCAGCAAAGCACAACGUGGAAGAAGAUUUGUGGAUGGUACAGCUCUUGGUCUCACUGGAAGUGAGGAGUCUGAAAAAUAA